AUGCCGCCACCCCAUUUCCCCAGCAAACAGUCACCGGUCUGUGAUGUCACCGUGAUGCACACGGUCACCACCAUGACGUCUGUGACCAUCCCAACCCACUCCCCACUCCUCACACCACGGGUGCCAUUGCGCUCCAUUCUGCUGCUGGCAGGACGACCCUGGUUGGCCGGGGAUGCUGUGGACAGAAACUUCUGUCAGGGAGAACAAUCAAUAAUUAAAAUGGAGACACUUUCAUCAGAAACUCCUGGAGUUCCUGUUCCAAAUGCUGACUUGGCAGACUCGGCUUCUCCUGUCCCGCAAAGACGGGGUAAAAGAACAGCUCGGGAUGCUGCCUUAGGACCGACACGAGAAGGAAACACUUCUCAGGGGUCACAGGAGGAAUCCCGUGCAAAAAGGCAACGGCUUAAUCUUUCCACCAAGGGCUCCUGCAAAGCCCAUGACUCGUCAUGCUUCUUUCUAAGAAAGCUCUGUAACACUGUGGAAAGCGAUUGCUUUCAGUCCAUCUGGUGGGGUGACGAUAAAAACUCCAUUGUGAUUGAGGAAACCCUCUUCAAGACAGAAGUGCUGGGAAGGACAGGACCUCUACACAACCUCAACAUUGGUUGCAUGAAAGCUUUCGUUCGCCAGCUCCAUCUGCACGGAUUCUUCAUUGUGGACAGCGAUUUGCCCACAUCUGCCUCACGGGCAAAAUUCCCAGCAGCCGGAGCCGCGUCUGUUUGCAGUGAGGUACUCUGCUACUACAACCCCAACUUCAAGAGAGAGUACCUGCUGCUCCUCCAUCGCCCGAACCAAACGAUCCUUCUCCAUCAAGGCUGGGACCAGACAGCGGAGCUGGAGGUGACGGAGUUGGACGUCAGCACAGUUUAUGCUGUAGGAGAUAGAGAUCCCAGGUACCAGGUGAAACAUUCUGAAUAUUUUCCAGUUCUCCUGUCCUGUUUCCUCAUGUGA